UACGGUACAUUUUUGUGCUUGUCCCCUCCAUAAUCAUACACUGACACACCGCCAUUUUGAUUAUUGUUUUUAUUAUGAUAUGUAUGUUUUCGGCAUUUUCUUUGGCUGUUUGGUCGGUGAUUUGAUCAAGUCGUCCUUAUAAAUAAAUAUUAGCAAAACAUAAAUAUUAAAAUCGGGGAUGACAGUUGAAUUACCAUCUACCAAAGACUGCCAAUUCAUGUGAUUUAUUUUAAGUAGAGGAGUAUUUGCGUUUGUCCACAGCAGGGCUCAUAGAAUUUUAAGUGCGUUCCCGUUUAAUAUUAUGGCACUUCGAAAUGUUGGCCGCAACAGAAGAAUCUGUGCAUUUAGUUUGCACCAAUGGAAUCUGAAAAUUCUUCAAAUUCAGAUGAUUCACAAUCCAAUUCUAGUCGUUCUGCAUCUCCAGAAACCGAAAUCAGAGAACAAUCUAUUAGCCGUUCACCAACACCUUCCAGUCAUAAUUCUACUCCUCAAAGUCCAAUUGCUGAUGGAGCAUGUAGUCCCAAACAACAAAAUCAGUCUAAUAGUCCGAGUUCUGUCUCAAGUUCUUCAAGUCAUGCAUCAUCUGUUGCUGAAUCAGCAACAGAUGAAGCAUCACAAGCAUCAUCGAAAAGUUCUUCAAGAAGUAGAGAAUCUGAUAAAGAUAAAAAACCUCCAGUUAAUUAUGCUGAAGAUUUAUCAGAUGUGUCUGAUGAAGAUUCUAUGGACAAUAUAAACAGUGAAGAAAAUAUCACCCCAAAAAGCAAUAAAGAGUGGAAUUUUAAUCGUAAUAAAAAUUUUAAAGACGACGCUAUACCUGUUAAUGGUCAUGAUAGUAUGGAUGCCAAAAUUGAACCUAUUACUGUGAACGAUUCUGAAGAACCACUUGAUUUUGAAGCAGAAGAAGGUGAAGAUGGAGAAUGUGAUGGACUCAAACCGGCUAAAGAAGAUGUUAAAGCUGAAGAAGAAAAACUACCAGAAGAAUUAGAAGAAGGUGAAGUUUCUGAUGAAGGUGAACAUCGUCCUGAAGAAACUGAACCAAGACCAAUUUGUCGUUUUUAUUCCAGAGGACAAUGUACAUGGGGUGCGAGCUGUCGAUUUUUGCAUCCUGGUGUUACUGACAAAGGAAAUUAUUCAAUGUUUGAAAUGGUUCGACCAAUACCACCACCAGGCGGCUUACCAUUUUUUCCACCUGAUCCCUAUCGACCUCAUGAACGUCCUUUGAUUCCUGGAAUACCCUUGGUUCCUGUUAAAAAAGAAGAUGUUCCUCCUGUAGAAUCUGCAUGGGAAAGAGGAUUACGUCAGGCUAAAGAGAUUUUGAAAAAAUCUAAUAAGAAAAAAGAAACAGACAUAGAUUUUGAAGAAAAAAAAAUGAAUUUGACAUCUAAUCAAGAAGAAGUAGAAAAAGAAAAUGAUUAUUAUGCCCAACGUCCUUCUAGCCCUGCUGUAGCACCUGCAAUAAGUCCUCCUCUUGAAAGAUUUAAAUCAGAUUUAGAAGCUCGCCAUCAUCGUGGCCCUCUUCCUGAUGCGUAUGUGGAAGAUUUCAUUCCUCCGCAUGUAGAUUUUUAUCAUCAUCGUCCAGAAUAUUGGCCUCCACAUCAUGGACGACCCUUACCCCAUUUUCCUGGGCACCCUAUGGAUUUCCAUGCUGCUCCUCGAAGAAAUCCAUAUUAUCCAUAUCCUCCACCGGAUCCUUAUUACCAUCCUGGUUUAAAACCUCAUCAUCGAGGUUUACCUCCCAAGUAUCCUCCUAAUCGAGAAGUUAUUGUUCAAAGAACUGAAAAGUCUUAUAGUCCUCAACCAUCUGGACAUAGAAAUAGAAGAGAUAGAUCAUCUAGCCGACCUCAUAGAGGAGAUGAUUGGGCUGAUCCUUGGAUGAGAUCAAAAUCACCUGGUGGUCGUUCAAAAUUGAGAGGAAGAAAAAAGUCAUAUUCUUCUCAUUCUUCAUUUUCAUCUUCUAGAUCUAGUAGUAGUUCAAGUGCCUCAAGCUACAGUUCUCGUAGUCGAUCUAGGGCCAGAUCAAAUUCAAUGUCAAAAUUGAAAAAAAAACAACCAGCACCUUUUAAAACUUCACCAGGCAGAAAAUCUCUUAGAAAACCAGAGAGAAAUUUAUCGCCUGAAGCAUUUGAUAAAAAGUUAAUUAGUCGAUCCAUGAAUCCUCCUAUGCCAACAAACCGAUGGUCUGUUUCACCUACUCAUUCGGGUCCAAUCAUGCCUCCUAUUCAAAGAGGGCGUCAAAUGCCAAUGCCACCCAGAUUUGCAAACAAAGGUGGGGCUAAAUCACCUUCCAGUACUCAUACUUCAUCUUCAUCAUCAUCAAGUAAUGAAUCUGGUUCUGGCUCUGGCUCUUCAGAAUCAUCUGAGUCAAGUGAUUCAGAAUCCUCUUCAGAGGGAAGUGGAACUCAUAGGCAAAUAAGGAAACGAGACCAAGAAGCAAAAAAGGAACUUUUAAAAGCACAAAAAUCACAAAUUAAAUUAAACUUAAAGAAAAAAAUGGCUGCACCUGCUAUACCUCCAGUUAAAAAAGAAAAAUCAAUUAUUCAAGGUAAAAAGCGUGCAAUAGAAGCAGAUCAUGAUGAUGCUUUCAAAAAUUUAUCUCCUCCUCGGAAAAAAGGUGCAGUACCUUCAAGACGUGAAGAGUUAUUAAAACAGCUAAAAGCUGUUGAAGAUGCGAUAGCCCGAAAAAAAUCUAAAGUUGUAAUGUAAAUAAUUUAUUUUAUUUUAAUUAUAUCAUUUUAUUAUGUUGACUUAAUAAUUUUUAAAUUAUUAUGUAUAUAGUGAUAAGUAUGCUAGUAUUUAAAAAUAAAUGGAUUUUAUCAUGUAA